UGCCCUCUUUUUUGCGUAGGGUAACAUCCGGGGACGGUUGAUUCGGGGGACCGGGACUUGAGGAGAGGAGACGGUAGCCCACUUGAUUCUAGCAUCUACCGAGAGGAGACAUCAGGGUUACUUGUUAGUGAGGAAACAAUCGGUGACUUUGAGACGCCCAGCAGGGAGACUGAGCAAGACCCAGAGCCUCAUCACGGUGCCUCCACCUCACUCAUUGAUACAUGAGAGAAACAAUGACCAGAAGAUCCUGGAACUCACCAACAACAUCAUUCAGCUGCUGACUGGAGAGGAGGAGGAGUAUAUAGAGGAACACCGAGGUCUGUACAAGGACGUGAUGAUGGAGAAUGGCCAGCCUAUCACAUCACUGGAUGGACCCAAUAACGAAGAUACCCCAGAGAGAUGUCCCCGUCCUCUGUAUUCCCAGGACUGUACAGAGGAGACUCACCGGCCCCUCACAUCACUGGAUGGACCCAAUAACGAAGAUACCCCAGAGAGAUGUCCCCGUCCUCUGUAUUCCCAGGACUGUACAGAGGAGACUCACCGGCCCCUCACAUCACUGGAUGGACCCAAUAACGAAGAUACCCCAGAGAGAUGUCCCCGUCCUCUGUAUUCCCAGGACCGUACAGAGGAGACUCACCGGCCCCUCACAUCACUGGAUGGGCCCAGUAACAGAGAUACCCCAGAGAGAUGUCCCCGUCCUCUGUAUUCCCAGGAUUGUACAGAGGAGAAUCACAGGAUCCCACAGGAGGAUCAGAAUGAACACCUGAUAAAUAUUAAGGUAGAAGAUACAGAUGAAGAAGAAGAGACAAAUGUUACUGAUAUAAAGGCAACAGAUACAGAGGAAGAAGAAGAGACGCAUGUGACUAAUAUGAAGGCAGAAGAUACAGAGGAAGAAGAAGAGACGUAUGUUAUGGGGGAUCAGCAGUGUAAGGAGGAGGAGAGCCCUACAGAAAUAUGUGCCGAUGGGCCCAGUAACAGAGAUACCCCAGAGAGAUGUCCCCGUCCUCUGUAUUCCCAGGAUUGUACAGAGGAGGAUCCCACAAUCCCACAGGAGGAGGAUGAUCAGGAUGAUGACCUGAGUGGUAUUAAAAUAGAAGUUAUAGAGGGAGAAGACGAGAUGUAUUUGCGGGGAGAUCAGCAGUGUAAGGAGGAGGAGAUCCCUACAGAUAUCAGCACAGAAGCCUCGUUCUCUAGUAGCAGUGGAGAGCAAGACAUGAGCCCCCUACAGCAGCCCAGGAUGAAUGCAGUCAAAGCUGUGGAAAGGAGGAGCACCGAAACAUCCGAGAAGAAACGGAAGAGGUCCCACCGCUUCUCCCAGGCAGAGAACAAAGUCCUGGUGGACGGGGUCCUGCAUUACUAUCAUCUGCUCUUCGGGAGGCCCAGCAGCCGCUUCAGCACGGCCAACAAAGAGGCCAUCUGGCGAAAGAUCGCAAAUAAAGUCUCGGCGGUGGGCAGGUGCCGGCGCAAUGCUACCGUGUGCCGCAAGCGGUUCUCAGAUUGCAAGAUCGGCGUGAGGAAGAAGCUCUCGAUCAUACACCAGCACGCCCAGGGGAUAGGCGGCAGGAAUCCCCUCAACAUCGACCUGGUGGAGUGGGAGCAGAAAUUGCAGGACCACUUGGCUUCAGAAGGGGGGAUGGGAGUCUCCGCCGGCCUUGACAGCGGCACAGAGUUACCCCGGAGUAAAUUGGUGAAAGAAGACAACGUGCAGCCUGCGGAGAGAACUUUCACCCCUUCAUCAACGGGGAAAGAUGUUGUGUCAAAAAGAAAGGCGCCCCAGCGGCCUGAGCCGGCGGCCUCAUCUGAAACGUCUUUCACAAGUAGUAGCGGGGAAGAAGGUGGAUUGUCACCCCGCAACAUAAAUACAGUCCAGCAGCCACGGAUGAAAAAGAGGAAGCGCUGCCAGCGCUUCUCCCAAAAAGAGAACGAAGCCCUAGUGGACGGGGUCCUGCGUCAUUACCAUCUGCUCUUCAGUAGGCCCAACAGCGUCAGCAUUGGCAUAGAGAAGAAGGAGGCUAUCUGGAGAAAAAUAGCGGACAAAGUUUCGGCUGUCGGUAAGUCCCGGCGCAAUGCCAUCGUCUGCCGCAAAAGGUUCUCAGACUGCAAAAUCGGCGUGAGGAAGAAGUUAUCGAUCAUGCGCCAGCACGCCCAGGGGGCAGGAGGCAAACGUCCGCUCAACAUUGACCUGGUGGAGUGGGAGCAGAAACUGCAGGACCACCUCGCACUAGAGGCUGUUACCGGAGUCUCUGCCGACCCAGACAGCGGAGCAGAAUCCACGCGACAUAGGAUCGCGAAAGAAGACAGAGCGCAGCCGGUGGAGAGAAACACCGCUCCUCCAACAUCGGGGAAAAAUGAUGUGUCGCAAAGAGAGUCUCCCAACAGGCCCCAGGCGAAAGCUCCAUCCGGAAAAAAUGGCUGCUCACCGAUUCUGGAGCUGCUCCACGCUAAGCCUGCAGCACCACCGGGUAAAGCCGGGAUUGAUGUCGGGUCCACAAGAAAGGAUCCACGCCUGCCUCACCUCACCCCACCAUCUGGGCCGGAUGUCGGGUCCACAAGAAAGGAUCCACGCCUGCCUCACCUCACCCCACCAUCUGGCUCAUCUGUUGGAAAGCGGAAGAGAAAGGAUAUGCGUUUCUUUCCAGGGACACCAAAUGGGAAGUGUGAGCAGACUCUACAGUCUGCAGACCACUCAGGUUCCUGGACAGAAGAGUCUCCGAGGCAAGUUAUGGAAGAAUCACGUACCGAAAUACCGGCUAAAGAGGAAAGGCAGCCCUCUUUCCCACGAAAAGCAGAGGGGGAGUUUAAGCGAGAUUGCGGUGGUGAUGAUGGUGGUGCCGUGGGCGGCCGUGUGGUGACCUCUGGGGAAAAUCUGAUUGAUCACAAUUCAGAAACCUCGGAAGAGAACAGUAACACCGGCCAACAGCUCUCUCCUCAUCAGUGUGUGGUGAUACUAGGAGAAGACCAGCCGUCUGUUGCAUCACUCUCCUCGGAAGCUACCAUCAUCGAACAUAUCGUCGACACCGUAGAGAGGAGCAAUUUAGAAGUCCCCAUUCAAAUGCCGACCAUACAGGAUUUGGACAACGCAUUUCACGGCUCCCUACACAGCUUCCAGCAACUCGUGAAGGAGGAGGUCGGUGGCAUCCGCAAAGAAUUGCGAUCCUUUCGGCACACAGUCGAAGACAUUACUAACGCGCAAGAAGAUCAUGUCAAGAGCAUCGCGACGUCGUUGCAGAAAAUUGCCGAAAGUUUUAAGGAAAUUGCAGAAACUCAAAAAGAAAUGUUGUGCGUGCAGCAAGAGAUGGUCCAAGUGUUGCGGAAAAAGGAGCAGGAUAAAGUUUUACUCCCACCGGUGUUUGACGGAGAAGAGAUAAAAGAGUCUGUUGGGGCAGCAGGGCCCAUCAGCACACUCGCAAGCCCAACCAAAAGCCCCAAGAGGCCUGCCAAGGCAAAAGGGAUGGUAUACCGCCCUCGACGCUUCAGGGAAAAGUAACCCAAAAACACUGGAGUGGUCAACUCAACAAUGUGACUUUUACCUUUUAAGUAGUUUUCUCUAUUUUAUCCAUUUAGAAGUUUGUAAACUGUUACGGUCAAACACCUCUCCAGGAGGGUGCGAAGAACAUUCCAAAGAAGGAUGUAUACAUAUUAGAGGUCUGUAAUGUUUCUAUCUGCAACAACAAGGACCAUCGGUCGGAAGACGUCCAGGUGACGGAAAUCAACAUGAACAGCGACAUAUUUGAGUCUGUGACCUUGUACUAUGUUGAGGGGAAAUAUAUAAGAGGCUCCUGUGGAAAUGGAAGAACUUUCGGUGAAAACAUCUACUGAGCCAUGGACAACAACAACAAAAAAAAGACAUUUAAGAGGAAAAGCUAAAAUGUUAUGGUUGAUGUUGUGUGUAGGUUUCAUGAGGGUUGCACGAGAAUAACGUAACUCCAGUAAGUUAGCGGUAAUGUGACCGACAUCUGAAACCACCAGCAGAUGUCACAGACCCAGCAAGAAACCCAUCUUGAGUGGCGUGGUUCAGACCAUAGGGGCGUCUCCUCGCGCGUGUCUCUUGUGCAUGGUUACGGAAGUGCUCCUGGUCAACAUCAUUGGUUGCAUCCUCCCCUACUGGAGGGACUUCUCACCAUCCUACUAACUUAAGAGCCCUACACACUAGCAGAUAACACAGAACGAUAUGACAGAACUUGUUCCUAUCAUUCAGUGUGUAGGCACCAACGAUGAACAAUGCACGGCGCUCGGUCAUCGUUGGUGCCCUGUCGCUUAUGCAAGCUGGCCAAUAUGGACAAUCUUGUCCAUAUUAGCAUGCAGUGCUAUGGAGCCGGGUGACGGGGGGAGUGAAGAAACUUCACUCCCCGCCGCGUCGUCCGUCGGGCACCUCUGCGACGGGUCGCCUAAUGUGUAGGGGGCAUUACUCUGCACUAGCUAUGUCACACAGAUAUUCUUUCAUGGUUUCCAAUUUCUCAAAGCCAAACAAUAAUUAUUGCUCAAAUAUUUUUUCCUGAUCUGACAUUGGACCAUGACCCGAUCGCAACGCAGCCGCACCUGCGAUUGUAUUCGCAUUGCAUAUGCUCCCAAAGCCGAAUGAGGUGAGAUUAGGCUUCUCGGUAGGACUGCUGGGAUUUUCAGCGUCACCCGCAAAGUCAGACAGAUCUCUGCUUGCGGCUAAAUGGGUGUAACUGGCCGGUAAUGGUAUUUUCGCUUAGCGUUAAGUUCGAUAUGAGCCUGUAGACCGUUCUUUAGCACCAGUGAUAUGGCUGGUGUAAAUGUAUAGCUCCGGCCACCUCUGAAUGCAGGCAGAAAACUGCAGCUACUUUUUUUUUUAGGCGGCCAUUUUGUGCUGAAGCACGCUCAUUGUGUCUAGCAGAAUUGCUACAUACACAGUGUUGUUAUUUUUUUUCCAGUUUGCCGUGAACACAACGGGACUGAUCCUGCGUCACGAAUGCCGUGGGAAAUGUACAAUCUGCGCUUGCUAACGAUGUAUUCUUAAUAUAUGUUGACUAAUGUUACAGCGGUGAUGUGACAAUAUAUGGCUGAAAAGGUUCGGUCACAUAUUCAUAUCAUAUCGCUGGUAAAUUCUAUAUAUUCUCUUAUCCCCACCCUCUCGGACACCGCUAGUUUAUACCUGGUGCCUGACCUAAAAACUACAUAAAGACUCUAACAUAAAAGUAAAAAAAAAAAAUAAUAUAGUAAAAAAUGAAUUAAAAAAAAGUAGUAAGGGGAUUGUGUGUUAAAGUCUGAUUUAGCACCAGUUUGAUCUUUUGUUAAUUGAAUACGGUAUUAUUAUUUUUUUCUUUCGCUGUAAUUCAAAAUAUUCUGUGUUAUAAUGUAAUGGUCAUGUAACAGAUGUUAAUUCUUAGUAAACCUCUAAUUCAUGUUGUAAAAUCGUAUUGGUCAAACUGUUCUUUGUUUUAUGUUUUUGAAAUGAAACCCCAGAAUUGUGUUAGCAUAAGUAACACCUGCUAAUAAAAUAUUAUUCUCAAUAUCGAGCCCAGAAA